AUGGCUAUCGACUAUCGCCAUGGAAUCUCCAUCCUCGAAUUAAUAGUAUACAUCCCCACCUUAUUCACGGCAUUAUGGAUGGCCUUUCGCCAUGGUUUCACACGAAGCUCGGGCUGGAUAUUCUUCGUGAUAUUCUCGUUAGCUCGAAUCAUCGGGUCCUGCUGCUACCUAGCCACCAUCAACAAUCCUACAUCAGUCGAUCUCUACGUGGCAUGGGCAGUCUGCACAUCCAUCGGAGUCUCGCCUCUAACCUGGGCCUGCAUUGGCCUGUUGUCUCGAGCUAACGACUCGAUCCAACGGAAAUCCGGCCACGCUCUACACCCCCUCCUGUUCAAGGUGACCGGCCUGAUCACCAUCGUAGGCAUGAUCCUGGGCAUCGUGGGCCAAACGAAGAGCACCAGCCCGACGGAGGGACUGUACAACUCCAAGACGAAAGCCGGGUUGGUGCUGUACCUCAUCGCAUGGGUCGGCCUCUGCAUCCUGCUGCUCCUCAUCUCUCUCAGAUAUCAGCGGAUCGAGGAAGGCGAGCACCGCCUGCUCCUAGCCGUCGGCAUCUCGAUACCUCUUCUCUUCGUGCGCAUCCUAUACUCCUUGCUAUCGGCCUUUGCCCAGAAGCCAGAGUUCAGCUCGCUCUCCGGAAACGUCACCAUCCAGCUGUGCAUGUCGGUCCUGGAGGAAAUUGCAAUCGUCUUCGUUUGUCUGGGGAUCGGGCUGACGUUGUCUGUCCGGCCCGCCUUCGAGCCCUUCCAGGCCAACACCCAGGAUGCGCCGAUGCUCGAGUCGCAGGCGCAGCCAGACUCAGACAUGUCGAGUAUGGAGUACGACAGCGCGAAGCCGGAGCGCAGAUACAAGAAGCGACGGGGUGGACCUAUUACGCAGCUUGUUGGGCUGGCAGUCGAUGAGAUCAACUACCGACGCCAGAAGUGA